AUGGCCGCCCAGACAAACUCGCCGAUUGCUCUGAAGCGUCUCGAACAGAUUGCCACCGAUGUGUGCAAUAGUGUCUUUGAAAGCGUCGAGUACUACGAGCACCCAAAGACGUCGCAAUGGAACGAGACCAUCAUUAACAAGAUGCUCAAGGCGGUGAUGUCGGAGGCUACUCCUCAGGGUGCCUCGAUGCCGGCCUACAAGUUUGCCAUCAACAGCACCAUCGUGCAGCACGUCGUUCCUACAUCCCAACUCAACAAGCCGACAGGCCCGCCAGCAGAGGAGGGGGCCGCCAAGAAGGGACAGGCUGGUCGCCGCGGCAUGCACAGCGCAACUGGCGGGUACUGGAACGAGAAGACGGACGGUAUGUGGAGCUUCAAGUGGGAUGGCGAGGCUAAGGGCCUGGACGUUGUCCUCAUGGUCAUCUGGAUCGCCGUCUAA